UUGGUGUACGGAUACUAUAGACAACAGCGGAAAUUGAUUGAAGAGAUUGAUUGGUCAUAUACAGGGACUUUGAACCAAAAGAACUGGGGAAAGAAAUAUUCAGCCUGCAAUGGUGCCAAACAAUCUCCUAUUAAUAUAGAUGAAGAUCUUACCCAAGUAAACGUGAAUCUGAAGAAACUUAAAUUCCAUGGAUGGGAAAAGGAAACUUUGGAAGAUACUUUCAUUCGCAACACUGGCAAAACAGUGGAAAUUAACCUGACAAAUGAUUAUUAUGUAAGCGGAGGUGGCUUAGACACCAUAUUCAAAGCAAGCAAGAUCACUUUUCACUGGGGAAAAUGCAACGGGUCGUCAGACGGAUCGGAACAUAGUUUAGAAGGACAAAAAUUUCCUCUUGAGAUGCAAAUCUACUGCUAUGAUGCAGAUCAGUUUACAAAUUUUGAAGAAGCAAUUAAAGGAAAUGGAAAGUUAAGAGCUUUAUCAAUUCUGUUUGAGAUUGGACUAGAAGAUAAUCUGGAUUAUAAAUCAAUCAUUAAUGGAGUAGAUAGUGUUAGUCGUUUUGGAAAACAGGCUGCCUUAGAACCAUUUAUUUUUCUGAACCUUUUGCCGAAUGCAACAGACAAAUACUACACUUAUAAUGGGUCUUUAUCAACUCCUCCCUGCUCUGAAACGGUUGAAUGGAUUGUGUUUAAAGAUACCAUUAGUAUUUCUGAAGACCAGCUAGCUGUAUUCUGUGAAGUCCUUACAAUGCAGCAGUCUGGAUAUGUUAUGCUGAUGGACUACCUGCAAAACAACUUUCGAGAACAGCAAUAUAAGUUCUUUGGGCAAGUGUUUUCCUCUUACACUGGACAAGAAGAAAUUCAUGAAGCAGUUUGCAGCUCAGAGCCUGAAAAUGUUCAAUCUGAUCCAAAGAAUUACACUAGUCUUCUCGUUACAUGGGAAAGACCUCGUGUUGUAUAUGACACCACAAUUGAGAGAUUUGCUGUCUUUUAUCAACAGUUGGAUGGAGAAGACCAGACUAAGCAUGAGUUUCUGACAGAUGGGUAUCAGGACUUGGGGGCUAUUCUAAAUAAUCUGCUGCCCAACACAAGUUAUGUUCUUCAGAUAGUUGCUGUUUGCUCUAAUGGUCUAUAUGGGAAAUACAGUGACCAAGUCAUUGUUGAUAUGCCUUUAGAGGACCCAGAGGCUGACCUCAUUCCUGAACUGAACGAAACUGAAGAAUAUGAGGAUGAAGUUGAUGAAAAGGAAACAGAGGUGGAUGAAGAAACUGCAGUGAUUUCUAGCACUGACAGUAAAAUAAACCAAAUGAGGAAAGAUUUCCAGGUGACUACAUCCAGCUACAGUCGAGAAAAAAUGGGGACAAACCCCAGUGAAUCUAAAACAAAUAGAUACUUAACAAGAGAAGAAGAAUUGCGUGGUAAGGAUGAUGUUUUCAAAGCAGUUUAUUACCCUACUACUCCACCUGUUAGUGAAAUUUCUGAAGAAGAGGAAGAUCCAUUUUUGGAAUCCCAAACAAUUACUGGAAUUCCUCCUCAACUCACUGUCUCCACCAAAGGCGUAGAAGAAGAAUACAUAUACCUUUCUUCAGGCACUGAUCCAACAAGAAUAACCACUACUGGCCAUAGUGAUGAAGAUUUCUUAUUGUCUCCUUUUAAACCUCAUCAGGAAUCUGAUGACUUUUGGAGUCCAGUGCUUACCACUUCUUCAGCACAGCUGGUUACAGAGGAUACCUCCCAAGAAGACACCCUUCCUUCAGGAAGCCCAGAUAUAAGCAUGCAUGAUGUUCUUUCCCAAGGCUCCAUUAAGUAUGUUUCAGAAGGUGUAGCACCCUCAAGCUCUGAUGAGCCUCCAGAGCAUCCUUCUUCCACUGAUGGAAAUUUAUGGUUUCGUAAUGCUACAGAUCCGACAACUCCAUCUGUUGAUACAUCGGAUAGCAGGCAAUUGUCUCAGACCAGUCACACUGAUGCUUACGUAGAGGGAUUAAAGCCAGCUACAGUGCCCUAUUCCAGCAGCCCAGUGGUUUUACAAGACACUUCAGAUGCGGAUUUAGAAUUGCCACAUUAUUCUACCUUUGCUUUCUCCUCUGCUGAAUUAUCACCUCACUCUAUCCCUUCAAGCUCUGGAGAAUAUGGUUCUGCUUCUGCUGCCAGUGAGGUACUCUUUCAGACAACUCAACCAGUCUAUAAUGAGGCAAGUAAUAGUAGCCAUGAGUCUCGUAUUGGUCUAGCUGAGAGUCUGGAAUCAGAGAAGAAGACAGUUAUACCACUUGUGGUCGUAUCAGCCCUGACUUUUAUCUGUCUAGUGAUUCUUGUGGGUAUUCUCAUAUACUGGAGGAAAUGUUUCCAGACUGCUCACUUUUAUUUAGAAGAUAAUACAUCACCGCGAGUGAUUUCUGCUCCCCCAGCUCCAAUCUUCCCGGUCUCAGAUGAUGUUGGAGCAAUUCCAAUAAAGCAUUUUCCAAAACAUGUUGCAGAUUUACAUGCAAGUAAUGGUUUUUCUGAAGAAUUUGAGGAAAUCCAGAGCUGUACUGUAGAUCUAGGUAUUACAUCAGACAGCUCUAAUCACCCCGACAACAAGAAUAAGAACCGAUACAUAAACAUUGUUGCUUAUGAUCAUACUAGGGUUAAAUUAGCACAGCUUGCAGAAAAAGAUGGAAAACUGACUGAUUACAUUAAUGCCAACUAUGUUGAUGGCUACAACAAGCCAAAAGCCUACAUUGCAGCUCAAGGGCCACUAAAAUCGACAGCGGAAGAUUUCUGGAGAAUGAUAUGGGAACAUAACGUAGAAGUUAUUGUGAUGAUAACCAAUCUCGUUGAGAAAGGAAGGAGGAAAUGUGACCAGUACUGGCCUGCUGAAGGUAGUGAAGAAUAUGGGAACUUCUUGGUUACCCAGAAGAGUGUUCAUGUACUUGCCUAUUACACUGUGAGGAAUUUUACUCUUAGAAACACCAAGAUCAAAAAGGGUUCCCAGAAAGGGAGGUCUAGUGGACGUAUAGUAACUCAGUACCAUUAUACCCAGUGGCCUGACAUGGGUGUUCCAGAAUACACGCUGCCCGUUCUCACCUUCGUGCGGAAGGCAUCGCACGCCAAGCGCCACGCUGUCGGGCCCGUUGUGGUUCAUUGCAGUGCUGGUGUUGGAAGGACAGGCACAUACAUAGUGUUAGACAGCAUGCUGCAGCAAAUUCAGCAUGAGGGGACAGUCAACAUAUUUGGAUUCUUAAAACACAUACGUACCCAAAGGAACUACUUGGUGCAGACUGAGGAGCAAUACAUCUUCAUUCACGAUGCGUUGGUUGAAGCCAUACUGGGUAAAGAAACAGAAGUGCUUGAGACUCACAUUCAUGCCUAUGUUAAUGCUCUCUUGAUACCUGGACCGACAGGAAAAACCAGACUGGAGAAACAAUUCAAGUUACUGAGCCAGUCUAACACACAGCAGUGUGAUUAUUCAACUGCACUCAAACAGUGCAACAGAGAAAAGAACCGAACCUCAUCCAUCAUUCCGGUGGAAAGAUCUAGAGUGGGUAUCUCAUCACUGUCUGGUGAAGGGACAGAUUACAUCAAUGCUUCCUAUAUUAUGGGUUAUUAUCAAAGUAAUGAAUUCAUUAUUACCCAGCAUCCCUUACUACACACUAUCAAGGAUUUCUGGAGAAUGAUAUGGGACCAUAAUGCCCAGCUAAUAGUCAUGCUUCCUGAUAGCCAGAAUAUGGCUGAAGAUGAAUUUGUAUACUGGCCAAACAAAGAUGAGCCUAUAAACUGUGAGAGUUUCAAAGUUACUAUGAUUGCUGAGGAACACAAGUGUCUGUCUAACGAGGAGAAGCUCAUAAUCCAAGACUUUAUUUUAGAAGCUACACAGGAUGACUAUGUACUUGAAGUGAGGCAUUUUCAGUGUCCAAAAUGGCCAAAUCCUGAUAGUCCUAUUAGUAAAACUUUUGAACUGAUCAGCAUCAUCAAAGAGGAAACUUCUAACCGUGAUGGACCCACAAUUGUACAUGACGAGCAUGGAGGGGUGACAGCAGGCACUUUCUGUGCAUUAACAACACUGAUGCAUCAACUGGAAAAUGAGAACUCAGUGGAUGUUUACCAGGUAGCAAAGAUGAUAAAUUUGAUGAGGCCCGGAGUCUUUACAGACAUUGAACAGUACCAGUUUCUGUACAAAGCUAUUCUCAGCCUCGUCAGCUCAAGGCAAGAAGAAAACCCUUCAGCAUCUAUGGACAGUAAUGGCUCAGCUUUACCCGAUGGAAACGUGGCUGAAAGUUUAGAAUCCUUAGUUUAACUAACACAUUGAAUUAAACACACACACAAACCUACAUCAGCACCUGGAGUUUACCAUUAAUAUUUUCAGUUUUAUACUUGGGGGGAGGGGGGAAUCUGUCCAGCCACUAUAUAUAUAAUCAGAUCCAACCGUUGCUCAAACGUCAUUUCUGUUACAUAGGACUUCACUGCGGAACUUUUAUCAUUAACAAUGUGUGCCUUUUCUAGAAAGAUUUCUUGUAAUACGUUGUUACGUCUGGACUAACUUGAUUGACUUUUACAGUGUUUCUAAGAAUUGAAUUGUGGUAUGUUUUUUCAGUAUUAGUUUUUGGCUUUACUUUUAACUUAAAAUUAUCAUAUUUAUAGAUGUUAGGGGACUCUCAAUUACAAACAAACAUGUCAUGGUUUUAGUAUUUGAUUUAUCUGCUGUAUUUAUAACAAUUUACAUUUGCUAGAAAUAUAACUUUUAAUAUAGUAGAAUGUAAAUAAGGUACGGUUCUCCAUAACAUCCAACCUUUUAAGACUUCAAUUAGACAUUUAGAAUAGUAAUCUGAUACUUACUGUAAAUACUGUUACUUCUGUAGUGAUUCCAUGGACCAAAUUUAUAUUUAUAAUUGUAGAUUUUUAUAUUUUACUACAGAGUCAGUUUUCUAGUUCUGUGUAAUUGCCUUGUUAAAAUGAUGUAGUCCGGUAUGGUUUUAUUUUAACAAAGUCUUCUGAUAUAUAAUUGUGCAUCUUAAGCAAUUAACCUUCAUAUAUCUGCAUGUGAUUUUAACUUUUUGUGGGAAAUAGAAAUCAUUUGUUUUGAAAUGAUAAGUUUUUAUGAGAAUAACACCUGUACUUGGCAUUGUUAAAUUGUUUUUACCUAUGGCAUUGCAAAAAUAAAUAUAAAUAUUCCAGUC